AUGGCAGAUACAACAGAGGAACAACCGGAACUGCUGGUGACGCGGAGGUCGAAGAGAAGCACAGCAGGAAAUCGAAUGGAGGCCGCCCUGGCCGAGAUGGCGCUUGAGGAAGCCAAUAUGAAAGAGCUGGACGAUGAUAAUGAUUUCGUGAAUGAUAAAGUUGAGGAAGACGAAUUCGGCUCAGACUUUGAAAGCACGGAUGAGGAGGCAGAAAACCAAGCUAACGAAGCGGGUGAGAACGAAGUACUCCAGGAAGAACGAAUGGUCAAAAGAUCUGCACGCACUCGACUUGAAAAGAUAACUGCUGCUGCUCACGCGAAAAACAGGACGUCAUUCAAUCCCGACAUUCAACUAUCAGCCGACCCGAAGCCCAAAUUGAAAAUAAAGCGCGUUGUUGUCGGCAAAGCUGUAGACGCAGAGAGUGGGGACAUUGUUGCACAGAGCAAGAAAGACGACGCCGACGGGAACAAAAGAACAAGCCAGAGAAAGCAUACUAUGCAGAACACGACUGCUACUGUGACGCGUCUAAAGCAGGUUCAGGCGAGAAGGGCAGCGCAGCCCAAGAAAGCCAAAAUUGAAUAUAAAACAUAUACCCAGGCGGAACUCAUUGCGCUGGCUUUGGACACAGAAGAGGGAAAUAUUGUUGACCACCGCGACUAUCUCAAAAAUGAAGCUGAAAAGCGUAAACGUGCAAGAGUUGUACGAACAACAGUUGAGGGCCCACUGCUCCGCUGGAUUAGCCGGGUCGAAGAAGUCAAGGUCGAAGUGCCACCCCUUCCUUCUCCGCCCCCAAUAUCAGCACCUGUACCUGCUUUGACUUCUGUAACGCCAAUUACUUCCACUCAAAUAAUUGCCUCGACUUCUUCUACUUCUACUUCAACCCCGGCACCUUUUGUUUCCCCCUUUUCGUCUACUUUGACACCGGGACCUACUUCUUCAUUAGCCUAUGCUCCAUCAACUAUGUCCAGAAGCAUUUACGGCCCUCCUGGUACUUUGUUCACUCCCACCACAUACAGUUAUACUGCUGGUAUGGCUGUAGUAUCAACCAACGCAUCAACGUCGGCUGCUCCAUCCCAGGUAAAUACCCCUCCCCUGACUACCUUUUUUCAUUAUCAACCUUUCGUGGACCCUGCCGCUUCUCCCUUUCCUACUUGGCCACCAGUCAGUCCAGUGCAAACACCCCUGACUACGGCCAUCCCUCCCCCAGCUCCUUCGACCGUUACUACUGCAUCAGUGCUAUCUACAACGACGCCACCCGUCCUUACAUCAACUCCUGCUGACCCUGUCGACGGUACUUCUCAACAACAACCAACUCUACCUGCUACCCCAAAUCCCGUUGAACAGCCUGUACAACCACUGCCAAUAACGGAGACUGAACCUCCACAACCUCCACCGCCUCCUGAGCCUGAAUAUCGACUUGAAAAAGUCACAAAAAAUUACGUCGUUCAUGAACUGGCUCAGCAAAAAGGUACUCCCAAGCCCACAUGGACACAAAGUAUGCAGUCCAUGUUCGGUGACCAUGUCAAAUGGGACCAAAUUAAGGUAUUUGUUGGCAAAGGUCGUCCGCUAUCACGGCCGAGGCAGCUAUGCCCGAUAACAGGCAGACAAGCACACUAUAUGGAUCCUAGAAGUGGCGUUCCGUAUGCCGAUGCCUAUGCAUACAAAGUCCUUACGGGUCUCUUGAAGCACGAGUACGUGUGGGAUACAGAAUUGGCUUGUUACUUGAACCAUGAGCCACUUCCACCUGAUGGGGCUUCCGGAAAUGAUGAUCAGAUGGAAGUGGAUGAAUCUGUGGUUUAG